CAAAAUGCUGACUAGAUUGUUUCAACGUCCAAAUUGUCUGCUGAAUCGCAGGAAUCGAUACCAGCUGCUAACGACGCUAUUGAUUAAUCUCAUAUCCAUAUCCCAUGGCAUUGGCAUUGGAUGGCUCUCACCCAUGAGGAAACUGCAAUCCGACUCCCCAGUGGGUUUCGAGGUGAAGUCGGAAUUCGAAGUCUCCUGGGUUGGUUCCAUGCUCGGAGUGGGCUCGGUGACUGGCAAUAUCCUUAUAGGAUCCCUGCUCGGGCGACUGGGUAGCAAAAGAUGUCUUUUGUUCAUUGCCAUUCCGCAUUCGUGCCUGUGGAUCCUGGUCUACUUUGCCCAGAGUGUGGAGUACUUGUAUGUGGGCAGGCUUUUAGCUGGCAUUUGCGGUGGCGGCAUGUACAUUGUUCAUCCCAUUUUUCUCAGUGAAAUCGCAGAUGCCAACAUCCGUGGCACCUUCUCGGCCAUGGUGAUGUUAUCGGUCAAUGCUGGCGUUCUUGUGGGUUAUAUAAUGGGCACUCACCUGUCGUACUACACGAUACCCUGGAUUGUCCUGGCUCUACCUUUAUGCUACCUUAUAUCCGUAUUGCUUUUCAUUAAGGAAUCACCCAUGCAUCUGAUUAGAAUUGGUAAAAAUGCCGAAGCAGAGAGAUCCUUCCGUUACUAUAAAAACAUCAAGGAUAGCGAUAAUAUUCAUGAUCAGAAUCGUGCCAUGGAGGAGUUUGAGGAUAUGAAAGUAGCCCUGAAAAAGGGAAAUGGCUUGAAUGAGAAGAUUACGCUAAAGACUUUUGUGAGUAACAAUUAAAUAUUUGAGCUCACGUCCGCUUUAAAGGCUUAUGGUCCCGCCUUGGUUUUGUUAAUUGCCAAUCAGUUCAGUGGACUCUUUACCAUGGUCAAUUACAUGUCGGAUAUAUUCGCCAAAUCGGGCAGUAAAAUGGAUCCGGAUACCUGCACCAUCAUCAUUGGUGCUGUCCAGUUCAUGGGUACUUAUGUCACCACAGUGCUCUGCGACAUCUGUGGCCGGAAGCUCCUGAUGCUGGUGUCCACCGCUGGAGUGGCCAUUAGCCUGACCUUUGGGUUUUUCACCCAAUAUGCCCAGAGUCAUGAUGUCGGCGAAUAUAGUUGGGUGCCGCUCCUCCUCAUGUCCAUGGACAUUUUCCUGGGCAACAUUGGCCUCGUCGGUUGCUUCUUUGUCAGUCUCGUUGAGAUAUUCCCGUCAAGGUAUAUACGUGCCAAGGCGGCCUCAAUGGCAAUUGUCAUUUGCAGCAGCUUCGUCUUUGUUAUGCUCAACAUUUUCCCAAUUUGCAUGAAGGAAUGGGGCAUAUCGGUUACCAUGUGGUCAUGUGCCGGAAUUACAGCAUUUAGUUUUAUUUAUUUCUCAAUUUUCUUGAAGGAAACCAAGGGCAAGUCAAUGUUGGAUGAUUAAAUAAAUAAUAAAUUUCAAAGAA